AUGUUAAGAGAAUUGGACCAUCCAAAUAUAGUCAAGUUAUUGGGCGUUUGCAUGCAAGAAAAUCGCCUCUACCUUCUUUUUGAGUUUAUUAUGAUGGACAUUCGCAAAUAUCUCGAUUUACUUCCUGAUGAAGGAUACGUUCCAGCUGCUACAGUACAGCGUAUUGCAUUCCAGACAUGCCAAGCUACAUGCUUUAUGCACCAACGAAGAAUUGUUCAUCGUGAUUUGAAACCACAAAAUCUGCUUAUAGACGACCUUGGAGUCAUCAAAAUAGCUGAUUUCGGACUAUCAAGAGCGAUAAAUGUCCCUAUUCGAGUCUAUACUCAUGAGGUCGUCACUCUGUGGUACCGCGCUCCGGAGAUCCUUCUCGGUGCCAACAGAUAUGCAGCUGCUAUCGAUGCAUGGGCUAUCGGUUGUAUCUUAGCAGAAGUUGUUCUGAAAAAACCGCUCUUCAGAGGCGACUCAGAAAUCGAUCAGCUGUUUCAAACUUUCAGACUCCUUGGCACGCCAGGAGAAAAGGAAUGGCAAGGAGUUUGCUCUUUGCCUCAGUUUAAGAUGAACUUUCCUAAAUGGAAGGUUAACCGACUUGCCGAAACACUGAGAGCAUACGCAGAAAAUCGGCUAAUUAGCCUUAUUCAGGCGAUGCUCCGAUAUGAUCCAUCGCAACGCAUCUCCAUGCGAAGCGCGCUUCAUCAUCCUUACUUUUUCGAUAUAGACACAAGUACUGUACCUGCUGGGAACUACAGAGGAGAGCUGUUUUGUGGAUAA